AUGACGACGAAGAAACAGAACGCGCGAAAGCGUUACAAGACCAAAAACGAAAUUCCACGGACCAUUUUCAACGCCAAAAUUCACCCUCGAGAGUCUGAAGUCUCUGCCGAGGUCAACGGGUACUUCCUCAAGCACUGGCCAUUCGAGAACGACAAGGCCAAGCAGAAAUUCGUAGCAGCUGGGUUCCCCCGUGUUACCUGUCUCUAUUACCCAGCUGCCGAGGAUGAUAGGAUAGCCUUGGCCUGCCGGCUUUUGACUCUACUGUUUCUCGUCGAUGGCAAGUACUUUAACGUCCUCGAAGACUUGUCCCUAGAAGAUGGGGCUAGUUACAAUGAAAGACUGAUUUGCAUCUCUAGGGGCGAUGUGGAUGCGCUGCCCGAUCGCAACGUUCCCGUUGAAUGGAUCACGUACGAUCUGUGGGAAGACAUGCGAGCGUGCGACAGGGAACUGGCGGAUGGGGUCCUCGAGCCCACAUUCACCUUUAUGAGAGCACAGACCGAUAAGUGUCGGCUGGGCAUCAAGGAGCUGGGCCAAUACCUGGAGUAUCGCGAGAAGGAUGUUGGACAGGCGCUACUCUGUGCACUGAUGAGGUUUAGCAUGAACUUGCACAUAAGUGACGAGGAGUUGGCAUCUGUCCGGGAGAUCGAGAUGAAUUGCGCAAAGCACAUCUCCGUCUUGAACGAUAUAUACAGCUGGGAAAAGGAGGUAAGCGCAGCCAGCAGCGGUCACCACGAAGGCUCAGCACUUUGCUCGUCUGUGUUGGUUCUGUCAAACCAGACGAAGCUGGACGUGACGGCGUCAAAGCGUAUACUCUGGGUCCUGUGCAGGGAGUGGGAAUUGGUGCAUGAGCAGCUUGUGAAGAAAAGGUUGGCUUCGGUUGAGCCGUGCAGCAGCGACUUGAAGGCUUACAUGAAUGGACUGAAAUAUCAAAUGAGCGGCAAUGAGGCUUGGAGUGGGAAGACCCCGAGGUAUCAUUCGGUCUAUGCAUGA